AUCUGCCGGGGCACCGCCGGCGGAAUGGAGUGUCCGUCCUGCCGGCACGUUUCCGAAACGCGAGCGCCCAAGUUCUGCAGCGAGUGCGGACACAGGCUGCCCCCCGCGGGCCCCGCUCCGGAGUCUGAAAGCAACCCGACGGUGACAGCGGUCCCCGAGGGGGAGAUGGAGAGCGGACAGGAGCUGAUGGAGGAAGGUGGCCCCAAGGUGACGGCGGUCCCCGAGGGGGAGAUGGAGAGCAGACAGGAGCUGAUGGAGGAAGGUGGCCCCAAGGUGACGGCGGUCCCCGAGGGGGAGAUGGAGAGUGGACAGGAGCUGAUGGAGGAAGGUGGCCCCAUCCCAUCCCUGGGCUCCAGUGACCAGCAGGAAGAUCUGGACAAGCCUGGCUCCCAGGCCUCCAGGACCAGCAGAAAGAGCAAGAGGAACAAAAGGAAACGCAACGCCUCCCAUUCCACAGGGCCGGAGUCCCUGUCGCCCUGCCCCUCCAUCCCAUGUAGUCUGGAUUCGCUUGCAAACCCUGGGGUCCAGGACGCAGCCCUGCCCCAAGGCGCAGCUCAGCAGGGUGGUCCUCCCAGCGAUGGCCGCAGAGGGUCCCCGCAAGGCCAGGCCGCGGGAGGAGCAGAGGCGGCCUCGAGAGCCAGCGUGGCCGCCCAGGAUCAGACACCCGGAGGUGCCCUCCCAGGAGUGAAGGGCCAGGGCGGCGCCAGCCCCUCCGCCUCUGCCGGUGCCGGUGUUCCCGGGAAGGAAGGCGCUGCCCCGGAGCUCCCGCUGCCCCAGUCGCCGGGGGGCCGCUCUGAGCCCAGGACUGAACCGCAGGCUGAUGGGCAGCGGGCCGGGGACCCCGCCUCUGGGACAACUGAGGUCGUGGCCGAGCCAGCGAAGCCGGGGAAGGCGCCUGAGAAGGCCGUCCAUCAAAAGACUCAGAAACCGAAACAGCAGGCCGCCAGCGCCCCCGCUCCCCAAGAACCCCACCAGGUGGAGUGUCCCGUUAAAGCCAAAACCAAGGGCAAGACCGCCGUUCCUGAGGCAGAAGCCAAGCCAGAGGACCCGAAGAAGCCUGAAGGGAGUGACAGGACCCACCUGGCUGCUGCGCAGAGCGAGAAGGACCAGGAGAGCCUGAAAGCUGAGGCCGGCGACCUCACGGGGAGCCCCCUGGGCCCCGGGGAAGGAGUCAGGGUGUACUUCCACGCCAUCCUCUCCAAGGACUUCAACUUCAAGCCCGAGCACCACAGCAUAUUUGUCCGGGGGGGAGAAGAACUUGGGAAGCCAGAGUGGAACCAUAAAGUGUGCGAGUUGCACUGCACCAGAGACUUAGGUGAGCACGGGUCCCUUGUUGAAGGCAGCACCGUCCUUUCCAAGCAGCUCCUGGACAAACCCAUCCCGUACAAGUACGUGGUCUCGCGUGGCAAGAACUCCAUCCAGUACGAGUUUAUCUUCAAGCAACCGGAGAAAGAAAAGGAGCACGUCAACCGCUGCCUGCUGGUCAGGUCGUCCCUGCUGGGCUCCGGAGAGUGGCAUCAGUAUGAUGACAUUAUUUGCAUGAGGCCCCAGGGGAAGCUGCAGGAGAUCAUCGACAAUAUCCGGCAGCGGUUCACGGACCAGGGGAAGAAAAACGUGAGAGCGAGGCAGAUCGCCACCCGCGUCAUGCUGGACGGCAUCUUCAGCAUCCUCGAGGCCUGGAGCGCCAUCAACCUGAACAGCUUCUUCACGCAGUUCCGCCAGUUUUAUUCUGUGGUCGGCACGCCCAUGGUCUACGAAGCACAGGCCCAGCCCUGGAGCUCCCUGAAUUACCAGGAGAAGGAGGUGAAGGAAGACCUGUGGGACUAUUUGAAAAAGCAGAUGGAACCGUUUCUGAAAAGCAGUGAGGCCCCCCUGCCUGCAGACGCCCCCGUGCGGAGUAAAGUGAGGAUGGGCCUAAUCGCCCUGCACUUGGCCAAUGAACUGAAGCUCAUCUUGUCUCAGCAAGACCUGGCCUCGCUCUGUAGCCUCCUGUGCCCGGCUGCCAGCUCCCCAGGGGACCUUCACAAUGACCUAAGCCACAUCUUUGGGACACCUCAGAGGUGGCGAGAGUACCUGGUGAGCCUGUGCAAAGAGAGCAUGGACCAUGGGGUCGACCUCUGGGUGGGCACCCUGCCUGUGCUGCACCACUGCCAGGGGCAGAGCCCUCGAGGGAGGGACCCCGGCAUCCAGCAGCAUGAGGAGACCUGGGCAGCCCUCCAGGGAAUCCCCUUCUUGGGGUUUCGGGCAAAACACACUCAUGGGAGGCAGUUGCUCCAGCUCAUGGCGGAGCAUCAGCACCUGCUGCGCCUGGACGAAGACCUGUUCCGGUCCUGGCUCAGCCUGCUGCCUCUGAGCAGCCUGGCUGCCUACCUGGAGGCGUCCUCGGACCACCUGUGCUGCCACCCGGCUCACGUCCUGGACUGUCUCUUCGGGACGCUGUACCGGCUGCAGGAGCUGGAGGAGGUCUCCACCGGGAACCUGCAGGACAUCGACAAGACUCUGAAAAUGCUGCUGCACCUGCUGGACAUCUUUCAGGACACGUACGUAGAACAGCAAGAGGAGGUCUGUCGGGCACGCGGUUGUCCCUCGCCCGGUCGCUCCCCCGUGGCUGCUGCCACAAUCAGAGGGUCAUGGGCUCGCCCUGGAAGACGGGGCCGUUUUCCCACUUCCCUGGGGUCCCUGAUCUCUCUUGGCUCCCUGCCGGGCAGGGUUCUCGAGGAGCCCCUGAUCCCGUCCUACCCGGCUGUGUGCCUGAAGCUGCACGAAGCCACCUGCAGACUCACGAAGGACCCGGAGUCUCACGAGGUGCCCGCCUUGUCCGCCCAGAUUGUGCGCAGCGUGAUCCCACGGAGGCCCCUGGCGGACUCGGCCGAGGGGCAGGGAAGUGAAACCGGCGUGAAGAGCUGCGUGAGCACCCUUGUCCAGCAGACCCUCGCCGCCACGAGGGCGUGGCUCAGCCGGAUCUUCAAGAAGAAGAUGUUCCUGAGCUACUCUGCCUCCUCUGUCACCUUCACGUACAGACAGGAGAUCCAGGUCUGGAAGCGGCUGGUGGAGAUAAACUUCCCCGAGGAGCAUGGCUGGAAGGCGUCCUUGCUGGGGGACUUGGAAGGAAGGCUCAAGCAGGAGACGCCCCACGCCCAGAUCUCCGCCUACUGCAACACCAACUGGGACGCCAAGGGCCCUGAUGACAGUGUGUCCAGAUGCUUCAAGAACUGUGUCAUUGAAGCCGUCAGCUCUGCCUGCCAGUCUCAGACCAGCAUCCUCGAGGGUCUGUCUCCCAGGGACCUGGGGAAAUUCGGGACCCUCGUGUCUGCUGUGAUCACCAAGUCCUGGCCCAGCAGGCACGGAGAAGCCGUGGUCGACUUUGGGGAGAUUCUGAAGUACCUGCUCACAGGGCCGGACGUCAAGCAUCUCUUCAAACUGUACAGAACCAAUGAAAAAAUCCAAGCGCACAUCACAGAGGACGCCAAGAACCUCAUGGCCACGGCCGACUCCGUCUUCACCAAGGUGGCCGAGGACCUCCUGAGGGGAUCGGUACCGGUCGGGCAGCUGGAGCUGGUCAUCGGUCACCAGGUUCAGUUCCUCGCCAUCUGGGAGCUGAAGGAGGAAAGUCUUUCCUCCCAGGAAAAGAAAUACGAUAUGAAGAAAGAGCUGAAUGACAGAUGGGAAGAAUUGAAAUGCCUGUGGAAGGAGAAGGGCUGGGUCGACAGCCUCCUGAAGCUGUGUGCGGAGGUGCAGCACCUGGUGAAAGUGGAUGUCAAAGAGCUCGGGGAGAGGCACGCGGAAGACCUCAGCAGCAAAAGAUUAAACGAAGUCGUGGUGACGAAGCCGGUGCCCUACUCCUCAGACGUGGAGAGGGAAACCCAUUACCGCCUGAGCCCCCCCAUCCUGGAAAUGGCCGCGACGAUAGACUUGCUCAAGGACAGCCACAUCUUCCAGACCUUCUGGGCGGAGGAGGCGCAGGCGCUGAGCCUCCAGGAGGCGGCGGGCCCGGUCAUCGACCUUGAGGGCGCGCGUGGAGUUUUGUACGUCCCCUGUCUCUACAAGUUCAGGAAACUGUACAAGGACCUGAAGUCAGGGGAGCUCACCUUCGGGGAGGUCGACCACGUGUUCAAAGUCUUCGUGAACAAAUACAGCGACCUCACCUCCGACCUCCGCCUCAUGCGUGCCCUGGAUCCCGGGGACCGCGGGGACUGGAUCGAGGAGUGUGUCGGGCAGAUCCGGGAGUACCACCACCUGCACCAGACGGCCCAGGCGGCCCAGGCCAUUUUGGAGGUCAAGGAGACCUUGGGCCUGACUGGGGACUUCGAUGUGUUCCACCUUUUAUUAAAACUUAACAACAUCUUUGGGAAUUCCCGUGAUGAGAAGCUGGGCCAGAUGGACACGAAGGUCAUCCAGGCCAACAGGCUGCUGUGUGACAUCAACGAGGCCCGGUGCCAGUGUCUGCAGGAGCUGGCCCUGAGGAGGGAGUUCGUCAGCUGGGUCCGGGAGGCCCUCAGAAGCAUCCCCGAGCUGAAGGUGUUCGUGGACCUGGCUUUCAUCUUUGCCGGUGAAAACGACAUGGACGUGGACCGGGUGGCCUGCUUCCACGACGCCGUCCAGGGCUACAAGGCUCUGCUGUACGACCUGGGUGAGAGCGCCGGCUUCCGCGAAUUCAUGGAGCACCUGGAGGAGCUGUGGAAGGCUCUGGAAAACGACCGGCACCUGACCAGCAAACUGCGUGACUCUGCCAGGAACUUGGAGUGGCUGAAGACCGUGAAGGAGAGCCACGGGUCCGUGGAGCGCUCGUCCCUGACCCUGGCCAGAGCCAUCAACAGCCGGGGCAUCUACGUGAUCCAGGCGCCCGCCGGUGGCCAGAAGAUUUCCCCAGACACGGUUCUGCGUCUGACCCUCCCCGAGAGCCGCGAGGGCGGCGAGGAGCGGCGAGACUACUCCUUGGAGGAGCUGAAGGAGCUUCUGAACAAACUGAUGCUCAUGUCCGGCAAGAAGGACCACAGCGGCUCCGAGGCGGAGGUGUUCUCCGAGGUGGGGGUUCUGCUCCCGAGGGCCUGGGAGCUGUGGGGCCUGAGGAGGGUCACGCAGCAGUUCCUGGCGUGCGCGGGCGCCUUGCUGCCCCACUGCCUGGACCUGGAGGCCCUGGGCCGCUGCCUGGCUCGCCUGGCUCUCCUGGCGACCGCGGACAGGCCGCCGGUGACACGGAAGCUGCCCCGAGGCCUGCAGGGCGGCCAGCCCAACCUCAUCAGCUGCGGCCGCGGGGAGGUGCUGCUGGCCGCCCUGGCUGUGUACAUGCAGAGCCCGGAGCAGCCGCUGCCCACCUACGACGAGGUGCUGCUGUGCACCCCGGGGACCACGUUCGAGGAGGUGGCCCUGCUCCUGCGCCGGUGCCUGAGCCCCAUCUCCCAGGGCCACGGCGUCUACAGCCUGCUCUACGCCGACCGGCUGAGCUACGAGGUGGCCAGCCGGGCCGAGGCCCUCUUCCUGAGCCUGGCCACCCAGUGGCACCGCGAGGACUACCGGCUGGUCAUGAUCUGUGACUGCGAGCGGGAGGACUGCCACCUCCCCUCGGCCUUCAGCCAGUACAGAGUCCCCGUCACCCCCCAGGUGCCCCUGGAGGACAUCCAGGCCUACCUGGCGCGUCAUUACCGGGUCCCGGCGCAGACCCCGUCAGCCGCUGCCGUGUUCAGGGACCGGAUGUGCGUGGGGAUCGUGGCCUCGGAGAGAGCGGGUGUCGGGAAGUCUCUCUACGUGAAGAGAUUGCAUGAAUCUCUGCAACAGAAGUUUCCUGGGGAAAACAUACCUCUCAAAAUUAUUCGACUGAUCGACCCUCAGAUAGACGAGACUGAGGUCCUGGGCUCGCUGCUGCCGUUCCUGGGCUCCCAGCAUCAGACGAGGCCCAUGAUAUUCCACUUGGACGUGACCUCCUCUGUGCAGACUGGAAUCCGGACGUUUCUCUUCAAGCUUCUUGUUCUGCAGCACUUGGUGGACACAAACGGGAAAAUGUGGCUCCGGAACCCCUGCCACUUAUACGUCGUCGAGAUCCUGGAAGGGCAUUCGGCACCGCCGAGGACACGUGCCCCCCAGUUCAGUUUUCUCGACAUCUUCCCAAAAGUCACCUGCCGGCCCCCCAAAGAUGUCAUCAUCAUGGAGCUGAACCCCGAGCAGAGCUGCGGCGAGCCAGGGAUGGAUGCCACCGAGUUCUGCAGCGAAACUUUCCAAAGACCUUUCCAGUACCUGAAACGUUUCCAUCAGAAGCAGAACCUGGACAUGUUCCAGUAUGAAAAAGGGCGGGUGGAGGGCACCCCCGAGGAGUGCCUCCAGCUCUUCCUCCUCUACUGCGGGGUGAUGGACCCGUCCUGGUCGGAGCUCUGGAACUUCGCCCGGUUCCUGAACUGCCAGCUGCGAGACUGUGAGGCCUCCAUCUACUGCAACGCGCAGUUGGUCGGGGACACGUUGAGGGGCUUCAAGCACUUCGUGGUGACCUUCAUGAUUUUCAUGGCGAGGGACUUUGCCACCCCAACGCUUCACACGUCCGACCAAAGCCCGGGCCAGCACGUGGUCUCACCGGAUUGCGUCGAGGAGGAAGACACAGCGGGCUUCUCGCUCCGGAGGCGGUGGGAGUCGGAGCCCCACCCGUACGUGUUCUUCAACGGGGACCGCAUAUCCAUGACCUUCAUCGGCUUUCACCUGCAGCCCAACCAGAACCACAUGGUCGAUGCCGUCCACCCCCUGAGCGGGGAGGUCCUCAAGAAGGACGUCAUGACGGUGGAGCUGUACCAGGCGCUGCUGCUCCAGCAGGUGCCCUUCAACGUCGACUACGAUCGGCUGCCCAGACACGAGAAGCUGGAGCGGCUCUGCCUGGCGCUGGACAUCCAGUGGCCGGUUGACCCCGACGAGACGUACGAGCUCACGACGGACAGCAUGCUGAAGAUCCUGGCCAUUGAGAUGCGCUUCCGGUGCGGGAUCCCCGUGAUCAUCAUGGGGGAGACGGGCUGCGGGAAGACCAGGCUCAUUAAGUUCCUCAGCGACCUGCGGCGCGGGGGCGCGGAGGCCGAGACCCUGAGGCUGGUCAAGGUCCACGGGGGCACGAGCGCCGCCAUGAUCUACGGCAGGGUCGAGGAGGCGGAGAGCCUCGCGCUCUGCAACAGGCACGAGCAUCAGCUGGACACCGUCUUGUUCUUUGACGAGGCCAACGCCACGGAGGCCGUCAGCUGCAUCAAGGAGGUGCUGUGUGACCGCACCGUGGGCGGCCGGCCGCUGGCCGCGGGCUCGGGCCUGCACAUCAUCGCCGCCUGCAACCCCUACCGGAAGCACUCCCGGGAGAUGAUCGCCCGCCUGGAGGCGGCCGGGCUGGGCUACCGGGUGAGCGCGGAGGAGACGACCGACAGGCUUCUGGGCUCCGUGCCCCUGCGGCAGCUGGUGUACCGAGUCCACGCCCUGCCGCCCGGCCUGGUGCCUCUGGUGUGGGACUUCGGGCAGCUGAAUGACACCACGGAGAAGAUGUACAUCCAGCAGAUCGUCCAGAGACUGGUGGACGCCACCGCCAUAGGCCCGGACGAGACGCGGGUGAUCACGGACGUGCUCUCCGCCUCCCAGGGUUUCAUGCGGCAGCGGGGAGACGAGUGCAGCUUCGUGAGCCUCCGGGACGUGGAGCGCUGCGUGAAAGUCUUCCGGUGGUUUUACGACCACAGCGAGAUGCUCCUGGACAAGCUCGGCUCCUUCCCCUGCGAGCCCAGCGCCGGCACGGGCGACUUCAGGAGGGACCCCGUCCUCUGGUCGCUGGUGCUGGCCCUCGGGGUUUGCUACCACGCCUCCCUGGAGAAGCAGGAGCACUACCUCCGGGCCGUGUGCAGGUUCCUGCCGCGGCCCUACAACGACAGGAAGGUCGUGCAGGACGAGAUCACGCGGACGCAGGACCUCUUUCUGGAGGGCGUGCCCCUGAGGAACACCGUCGCCAAGAACCUGGCCUUGAAAGAGAACGUCUUCAUGAUGGUCAUCUGCGUCGAGCUGAAGAUCCCGCUCUUCCUGGUGGGGAAACCGGGCAGCUCCAAGUCUCUCGCCAAGACCAUCGUGGCGGACGCCAUGCAAGGCCAGGCGGCCCACUCGGACCUCUUCCGGCGCCUGAAGCAGGUCUACCUGGUGUCCUUCCAGUGCAGCCCACACUCCACCCCGCAGGGCAUCAUCGGCACCUUCCGGCAGUGUGCCCGCCUGCAGCAGGGCAAGGACCUGCGGCACUACGUCUCGGUGGUGGUGCUCGACGAGGUGGGGCUGGCCGAGGACUCCCCCAAAAUGCCCCUCAAGGCCCUUCACCCGCUGCUGGAGGACGGGUGCAUCGAAGACGAGCCCGCCCCCCACAAAAAGGUGGGCUUCAUCGGCAUUUCCAACUGGGCCCUGGACCCCGCCAAGAUGAACCGGGGCAUUUUUGUUUCGCGCAGCAGCCCCAGUGAGAAAGAGCUCGUAGACAGCGCCCGGGGCAUCUGCGCCUCGGAGCCCCUCGUCCAGAGAAGAAUCCAACGGUACUUCGAGCCCUUUGCCAAAGCCUAUGAGACAGUGUGCAGGAGCCAAGACAAGGAGUUCUUUGGGCUCCGCGACUACUACAGCCUCAUCAAGAUGGUCUUCGCCUCGGCGAGGGCGUCUAACAGGGAGCUCUCCCCGCGGGACAUCGCGCAGGCCGUCCUCCGGAACUUCAGCGGCAACGACGAGAUCCGGGCGCUGGACGCCUUCGCCGCCAGCUUGCCCGAGAUUAGGCUCUCCCGGGAGGUGAGCCCCAUGCAGCUGAUCAGGCAGAACGUGUGCGGCGACCCCCCGGGGGCAGCGGGCGGAGACUCCGAGUCCCGCUACCUGCUGGUGCUGACCAAGAACUACGCCGCCCUGCAGAUCCUGCAACGGGCCCUCUUCGGCGAGGGCCGGCAGCCCGAGAUCAUUUUCGGUUCCAGCUUCCCCAGGGACCAGGAAUACACCCAGAUCUGCCGGAACAUCAACCGCGUGAAAAUCUGCAUGGAGACCGGCCGGAUGGUGGUGCUGCUCAACCUGCAGAACCUGUACGAGAGCCUCUACGACGCCCUCAACCAGUACUACGUCUACCUCGGGGGCCAGAAGUACGUGGACCUGGGCCUGGGGACCCACCGGGUCAAGUGCCGGGUGCACCCUGACUUCCGCCUGAUUGUCAUCGAAGAGCGGGACGUGGUUUGCAGCCGCUUCCCCAUUCCCCUCAUCAACCGGCUGGAGAAGCAUUAUUUGGACAUCAACACCGUGCUGGAGACGUGGCAGAAGGCGAUCGUGCAGGACCUCAAGGGCUGGGUGGACAAAUUCAUCGACGUCAAAUCAGAGUACUUCCUGGGGAGACCCGCCGGGUACAGCCCUUCGGACGCCUUCGUCGGCUACCACUCGGACACCUGCGCCUCCGUGGUGCUGCAGGUGAUGGAGGGGCUUGGCCACAGGCCCCUGACCCAGGAGAGUUACCGGGGGGUACUGGAGAAUGCCAAGCUGGCGCUGCUGGACUGUGCCACGCCCGACGCCGUGGUCCGGCUCAGCAUGUCCUCCCUGGGCCAGUUCGAGGCACAGUCCCUGUCACAAAAAUACUAUGACCAGCAGCAGCACGACUCCUUCGCAGACUUCCUCCAGGCCCACCUCCGCACGCGGGGCCCGGAGCGCCACGCCAUCUUCACGGAGGUUACUACUUUCUCCAGACUGCUUACCAUCCAUGACUGUGAGGCCUUAGAGUUGGAAGUAAAUGGCAGGGCUCUGAAACCCACAGUCCUGUCGCUGCAACAGUUUGACACCGAGUACUCAUUCCUCAGAGAAGUUCGAAACUGCUUGACCAGCACGACCACAUAUAAGAUCCUCAUCAUCCAGACGGACUUUGAAAAUGGUGUCCACAGUGCCCAGCUUGUUGCUUCAGCCAAGUAUUCUGCUCUAAAUGAAAUCAACAAGGUACAAGGAAGCAAGGACGGCAUCUUCGUCUAUUUCAUCACGAAACUGUCCAGAAUGGAAAGCGGAGCGUCCUACGUGGGAUUUCAUGGAGGGCUGUGGCGGUCUGUGCACAUCGACGACCUCCGGAGAUCCACGGCCAUGGUCUCAGACGUGACGAAGCUGCAGGAUAUGACCAUCAGUCAGCUGUUUGACCCAGACACCACGGUGGGACACGGGGCCAGGGACAGCCCUGAGGAGGUGAUGGAAGUGGACACUGACGAACCAGGGGCCCCGGCCGAGGUGGACAUGGAAAUGGACAUUUCCAAGGCAACAGAAAGCAACGCCUCUGAGCCCCUGAGAAGCCAUGUGAGUUCAGCUCUCGUUCCGUGGGCCUCCCGGGAGCUGCUGGGCGCCCCCGGGAAUCCAGGGAGGAGACACAGCGGAGGGGUUAGCCCAGCACCUCUUCCUUCCGCACUGUGUGUGCAGGUGACGCCCCCGGGCAGGGCGCCAGCCCUGGACAGCGGCAGCCUGCUGCGCAGCUGCAUACAGAGCGCGGUGGGCCUGCUCCGGGACCCGAGCGAGCGCAGCCAGCGCAACAUGAGGCGGGUGGAGGUUCUGCUCGGCCUCCUCGCCGAGGACACGGGCGGCGGGGGCAAAGCCACUUUCUUCCGCGUGGCCCAGAUGCGCCUCCACGACCUCCUGAGGAAGCAGGAGGACAGCUCUGUGCUCGGCUGGAGGCACUGGGUGGUGCAGGAGGCCUCCAACCCCGACGCCCUCCAGGAGGCCGGCACGUUCAGGCACGCCCUCUGGAAGCGGGUCCAGCGUGCUGUGACCCCCCUGCUGGCCAGCAUGGUGUCUGUCGUCGACAGAGACGGCAACCUGGAGCUUCUGGCCACACCCAACACUCCAUCCUGGGCGCGGGAGCUUUGGAUGUUUAUUUUCAGGGACGUCAAGCUGCUGCACAUCCCUCUCGUGGAGAACAGGACCAGGUCCAAGAGCGAGAUGUCCCACAUCCUGGUGCAGAGCCACGGGUGCCUCCCUGAGAGCGGCCACAACGCCGUCCCGUUCAGCUGGAGGAUCCGGGACUACGUGGAGGAGCUGUGGGUGCAGGCCCAGUACAUCUCCGAAGCCACAGGUGUGCCCGGGGACCCUGGAGGGGCAGUUGGGGCAGCAGGAGAGCCCCAGCAGGAGCUGCUGCAGGGCUACCUGAAGGACUUCCUGCUGUUGACCAUGCGGGUGUCCACCUGUCGGGAACUGGAGUUCCUGCAGAUGGCCCUGGGGUCCUGCCUCCGCCAGCUGAGCGAGGGAAGCCCCGAGGAGGAGCUCUCUCUCCCGUGGGUGCACCUGGCCUAUCAGCACUUUCGGAUCCGGCUCCAGAACUUCUCCAGAAUCCUGACUAUCCACCCCCCACUUCUGGACAGCCUAGCCGGAGCCUCACGGCGCCAGGACUUGGCCGGACCUGAGAUGACCCUGGAUGUGUUUGCAGCGGUGGCCUGUACCGAGAUGCUGACCCGGGACCUGCUGAAGCCCAGUCCGCAGGCAUGGCUGCGGGUGGUGAAGAACCUGACCAUACCCCUGGAGCUCCUCUGCUCUGACGGCUACGUGCAGGGCCACGGGAGCAGGGCCAGCAACAUCAUCAAGGAAGUCAGAAGCCACUGGACUCGCAUUUUCUCCGUGGCGCUCUUCGUGGAGCAUGUGCUCCUGGGGAUCAAGAGCCACACGCCUGAGCUGCAGGAGCUGGUGACCGGCUACGUCUUCUCACUCGAUAAGUGUCUGCAGGGGGACUCGGACAUCAAGACGCUCCGGCCCUUUGCAGCCGUGAUGACCACUCUCCGUGAGUGUGAGGACCGCGCCAGCAAGACCUUCUCCCGGUUCGGGGUCCAGCCGUGCCCCGUCUGCCUGGGAGACGUGCGCAGCCCCGUCUGCCUGCCCUGCGACCACGUGUUCUGCCUGGACUGCGCCAAACGCUGCCUCACCGUGGGGCAGAUGAACUGCCCCCUGUGUUUAACCGAGCUGCCCGACGGCUUCUCUCUGGAGGUUUCCCAAGAGAAGAGGGCCGCCAUCGAGAAGCACGCCCACUUCCGACGCCUGUGCAUCGGCUUCUUUGUGGACCUGGUGUCCACCAUGUGCUUCAAGGACAACUGUCCCCCGCACAAGGACGUGGUCCAGACUCUGCUGUCCUUGCUGUUUGUGCAGAAGAAGCCCCUACGGGUCAUGCCCCAGGAGCGCUGCUGCGAACACACGAAGGCUCUGUCCCCAUUUGACGACGUCGUGGACAAGACGCCCGUCAUCCGCUCCGUGGUCCUGAAACUGCUCCUGAAGUACAGCUUCCACGAGGUGAAGGACUACAUUCAGGACUACCUGUCCCAGCUGGAGCAGAGCGCGUUCGUGGCCGAGGACAAGACGGAGCUGUACCUGCUCUUCAGCAGCUGCCUGGAGGACUCGAUGCACGAGGAUAGUGCUCUGUCCACCAGUGAUGGCGCGAAAUGCCUCAGGGAGGGCGCCCAGUUCCUCCGGGAGUGUCUGCCCAGGAGGCGGGCCCGGGACGCCGCCCGCGAGGCCUCGGUGGAGCACCUGCAGGAGAUGGCCAGGAUCCGCCUCUGCCUGGACAGGGCCGCCGAGGUCCUCGCCGAGCUCCGGGAGGGCUCGGAGCCGACCAAGGACCAGCAGCAGUACCUGCGGCAGGUGGAGCUCUUCUGCACCCAGGUCCAGAACGACUGGUACCGGGUGUACCUGGUGAGGAAGCUCGCGAGCCAGCAGGGUUUGGAGUUUGUGCAGAGUUUCUCCCGGCCCUGCCACCCGGCCCAGUGGGUGUUUCCCAAGGAAGUCAUCGAGCGGCAGGAGGCCCAGCCCAGCCAGAUGGAUCGCUACCUGGUGCACGGACCGGAGUACAAGGCUGUCCGGGACACGGUGGGCAGAGCCGUCCUGGAGUGCAGGCCCGAGGCCAUCGCGGCCGCCCUGGAGGCCUGCGGCGGCUCCCGGGCUCAGCGGGCUGUGUACCUCCUGCUGGCGCUUUUCCGAGAGGUCUCCACCCUGUACAGGGCCCGCAGCGCCCGCCUGCACCCCAAGCCGGAGGGACGCGAGGCCCUGAGCAAGUUCGUUGAAGAGAGCCAGGCCCUGCCCGCUGACGCGAGAGAUUUUGCGCUGUCCCUCGUGACCAACGCCCUGCCCCUGCUGAGGAUGGAGGGCCCCCGGGACGGCCGCCUCGAUGACACCGUGGCGGAAAUGGCCGUUCACGCUGCGACCGUUCUCCUCUGCGGACAGGACCGCGUCCUGGAGCCCCUGAGGAACUUGGCCUUCUCCCCAGGCACCAUGGCGAUGGCGUAUCUCCCGACGAUGCCCGAGGACCUGCUGGCUCAAGCCACACAGUGGGAGGGGCUGACCCAAGUCCGCUGGUACACGUGUCCCCAAGGUCACCUGUGUUCCGUGGGAGAGUGCGGCCAGCCCAUGGAGCAGAGCGUGUGCAUCGACUGCGGCCUGCCCGUCGGAGGGAUGAAUCACAGGCCCAACACAGGAUUCACCGCCGUCCAAGACAUCACGGAUAGAACUCAGACCGGCCACGUGCUGGGGAGCCCGCCCCCCCGGGACCAGGCGGUGGUGUCGGACCGGCAGCUGUCCCCGGCGGUCUUCCUGCUCGCCCGGCUGCUCACUCACCUGGCUAUGCUUUUGGGAGCAGCCCACAGCCCGCAGGCUCUGGUUGGCAUCAUCAGGCCCCCCGUGACGGACCCGGGGGCGUUUCUGCAGCAGCACAUCCAGAGGGACCUGGAGCAGCUGAUGAAGACUCUGGGCAAGAGCGCCGACGACACGGCCAGCGUGGUCCACCUCGUCCUGCGCAGCCUGCUCGAGGGGCAGUGCCGCCCCUCUGGCCGGGGGCCUUUCGAUUUCGACGCAGUCUUGUCCACCAAGGCAAAGAGAAACUCCUGGGAAAAGGUCACGGAGAAGAUCGUGUUGCCUCAGCUAGAGCGUCUGGAUAAAACCCUCCUGGAGGUGAACGCUCUCAUCAGCCGCGACGAGCGGGUCAGCUCCAACCCCGUGGCCAGAAUCGUGUUCGGGGACCCGGCGGCCUUCCUGCCUCAGCUGCCCCGGGACAGCAAGGUUCAUUGCUCCAGGAUGUGGAGCUGCCGGACCCGGAUCACCCUGGAGCACCUGCGGCACGUCGUGGAGCAGAAAAACGGCAAGGAAACGGUGCCCCUGCUCUGGAGGUUCCUGCAGAAGGAAGCGGAGCUGAGGCUGGUGAAGUUCCUGCCCGAGAUCCUGGCCCUGCAGAGGGAUCUAGUGACUCGGUUCCAGAACGUUCCCGAAGCUGCGUACCAGUCCAUCGGGGACUUCAUCAACAGCCACAGCUCAGAGGGGCUGCGGGAGCUGUUCCGCCGCAGAGUCACCGUGUUUCUGUCCACGUGGAACAAGCUGAGGAGGUCACUGGAGACCCAGGGUGAGAUCAAGCUGCCUGAGGGCUACUGCAGAGCCGACCUGGACCUGGACGCGGACUUCGAGGUCAUCCUGCCGCGUCGCCAGGGCCGGGGCCUCUGCUCCACCGCCUUGGUCAGCUACCUCAUCGCCCUGCACAACGACAUGGUCUACACGGUGGAAAAGUUCUCCGAGGAAAGCAAGAGCUACUCCGUGGAUGCCUCCGAGGUCACCGACCUGUAUGUCAUCGGUUACGAGGUGUCGUCAGUGACUCCGCUGAUCCUCUCCAACUGCCAGUACCAGGUGGUGCAGGGCGGCGAGAACCUGCAGGAAUGCAACCUGGAGCAGAUCCAGCGCCAGAUCACCAGCCGGUUCCUCCAGGGCAAGCCCAAGCUGACCCUCAAGGGCCUCCCCACGCUGGUGUACAGGCGCGACUGGAACUACGAGCAGCUCUUUGCGGGCAUCAGGAACAAAAUGCCCCAGAGCUCCCUCCCCCGCUCGGCCGUCAGCGCCAUCUGCGGGCAGCUGCUGUCCUACAGCGACGCCUGUGAAGCCCUGUCGGUCGUGGAGGUCACGCUGGGCUUUCUGAGCACAGCUGGCGAGGACCCGGACAUGGACCUGAACGUGUACAUCCAGGACAAGUUGCGGAUGGGCGAUCAGACGGAGCAGGUGUUCAAGGCCCUGCACAGGUGUCAGCUCAGGCACAUCACGGCCCUCUGGCUGCUCCUCUCGGCCCACAAGUCAGAGCAGCAGCUGCGCCUGAGGAAAGAGCCCUUCAGGGAGCUCAAAGCCAAGUAUGGAGAGGAGCUCAGCCCAGAAAACAGUAAGCUCCUGAGCUCGUUCCUGAACCACAGCAGCCUGGACGCCUUCCUCCUGGAGCUUCACGAGAUGAUGGUCUUGAAACUGAAGAGCCCCCAGGCCGAGGAGACCUUCAACCCCAACUGGAGCCUGAGGGACACUCUGGUGAGUUACAUGGAGACCAAGGACAGUGACAUUCUGGCCGAGGUGGAGUCUCAGUUUCCGGAGGAGAUAUUGCUGUCCAACUGUGUCUCCGUGUGGAAGACGGCGGCCGAGCUGAAGCGGGGCCGGCAGGCGAGAUAGGGCCGCUGCUUCCUCGGCACCCGCUCCGCCCACGGCUGGCGCCCGUGACCGCUGCCUCGGGACACGUGUGUCCCACACUUCGCACCAGGUGGUGAUCGCUGGUCACGGGAGGUGGGAGCUGAGUCUGCCGACGCCCUCUCCAUGCCGGGGCGGUGGAUGGGAACUGUCCGUCUCAGGCCUCCAGGCCCCUAAAGGGGACGUCCCCAGGCACUGCCCGCCCUCCUCGGACUACGACCCGGUCAGAGCGAGGGGAAGCAGGGCCGCCAGUUUCUGCUUUGCUUUUCUCCCUAGUCUGUUCUGCACUCACAGAAGAGAGCCUGGCUUUCUCCCUGCUGCCGUUCCUUUACAUUCUGGGUAUGGUACACGUUCUCCUAGGUUCUCAACCACCUAUAAAAAAGUGCCAGUCUCUCCACUUCUCACAACUCAGGGCAUCCUGGGGCAACAGACCUUGAAGCCAAACCAUCGUGACCUCACGCGGCCCCGCGACGGGCCACAGCCACACGUCAGGGGUCAGCGCACUGGACUGCGCGCCCCAGGCACUCUCAGGGUCUCAGUUUUCUCUCCUGUAAAAUGAAGGAACUGAAUUGGUGGCCACAUUUCCUCCCAGUUCUCGCUUUCUGAAAUUGUGAAUGAACGCGCGUCAGCGCAGACUUGGGUCAAGGGCGCGGCCCUGGCAUCUCGGCGGGAAGCGUUCGACUGGCAUUCCGCCCGGUAAAUGUGAUCCCGGCGUCACCUCGAUGUCCCUGAGACACGAGUACCUGGCGCUCGCUCUGGGUGUUGGCCAAGGCAUUAAAAAAACAACAACAGACUCAGGGGCCAAAAGGAAACCAGUUACAUUCCCGAAAAAGGAAGGAGGGAGUGGUGGGCCAGCCCUGACCUCGUGGUGCGUUCCAGCUGGGGGUGAGACGCGGCGGGACCCGUCUGCACUGAUUCUGCUCCUGGUGGCCCAGCAGCCACGGCCACCGAGAAACCACUGUUUACAAGCCAGGCAGAGGGCUUCCGUGCGCACUCCAAGCGAGCUAAUGACUCCGUUGACUUGAAGCUGGGUCCGUGGGCGGUGAGGGCCGAGAAGCAGGCCCGGGGCUUCCCGGGGUCGCUGCGGCAGGCCGCGCGGCCCGCAGGCACGGUGGCGGUUUCUCCCCCUUGCGCUCGCUGAGGGGAGUAGGGUGAUCCGAGCCCCGCGGUCAUUCACGGGAGACGACGUCCGCCUGCACCAGUUCCCGACUGCGCAGAGGCACCCCUCCGACAUCUGCACCCUGGGUGCCGCCGAGCUGCCGUCUGCUCAGGGGACGGGGCUGCCUGCGAGCCCGUGGGCGCCUCGGAGUUGGGGCAGCACCCGGGGUGCCGCUCUGGCGCCUCGGGGUGCCACGGCCCGGCAGAAGGCCCUUUCUUGUUUCAGGGGCGGGGAGAGGCUGGGAAUUUUCUCCCCAUUUUGAUGGUUUCUUAGUUAAGAUGUUUUGUACGCUAUGCUUUCAGAGCCUUAACUGCCAUUUUUCAGUAUUAUCUUUUCUUAAAAUACGCUGGCCUCGCACCCACCAAUGCGAGACUUAAGUUUUAUCGUACUGGUUGCACCUGUUUAAUAAACUUGAGUUCCGCGGCCUGAGGAUCGGAGCCCGUGUACGGCCGCUCGCCUCGGCUGGGCUGGGGCAGGGUCCUGGGCGCUGUGGAAAUGCUCCCGUAGAGGUGCCCGCCACGUGGACGGUCCCGGAAGGGAAACGGAGGCUGUGGUUCCGAGCACAAGGGUCCACUUGUCCUCUGGGCAGAAUGGCA